AUGGCGUCUACGGAAACCGUGAAACUCUUCUGGAAAUGCUGCGUCCCGAACGACGGCGACAUCGUCGAACUAUGUGAGAGCUUGAUGAUCAAAAGCGCGCUCAAGCAGGUUCCGACACUGCUAUUGUUCGCGGAGUCAGGCUUCGCAGAGGGUGGGAUGAUACCGACGUUGGGGGGAGGUGGCCCCACUGGAGGAGGAGGCGCUGUUGGAGGAAAUGGACAGAGGAGUGGUUUGAUCAGCGGAAAGAGAAGCGCAUAUGGCAGUGGAUAUGGGAAUGGGAGCAAGCGGGCAGGGUCAGCGAAGUGGGUAUGGGAAUGGACAGAAAAGCGCGCACGGAACUGGGAGCGGAGAACCAUCUACCAAUUGUUUUAUACGCUUUGGAGGCUCGGAGGAGCAGCUGUCGCGCUGAGAUUAGUUCAGGCAAAGACUCCCCAUGAACUUUCUAGAGCACUUGGCGUGGUAACGGACGGGAUGAAGAACAGUAGCUAUGACAUCCUUGCGGAUACACUUCGUUCCAAGGCAGAUAUGAUCAACAUGAUCAGCUCUGAGACGGUUUUUGAGUUUUUCGGUUUGAACUCCCGGUCUCCAGAGUAUGUUCUUCCAAUCUUCCAUCCUUCCUCAAUCCUUGGCUUAUACUGCUACCGCCAAUCAACCAUCGUCAACACCGCUAACCGAGCUCUAGUACUUGAUUUUGAACUAUGGUGCCAUACUCGAAAAGACAUUCAACGUGUUCACUUGGAACAUUUUCUCACUCUCCUCGAAUCAAGUCGAUAUAGACAGUUCAAGGUCAAGCAGCAGUUCGCCAAAAUCGGACUAGUACGAAGAUUGCUUUUCGUGUUACAGACGGAUUGGUACAGUGAUGUCCAUGGCCCGGAUUCUCAAAAUCCGGAGUCUACUUUGCCCUUCCUGAUGGACGCACUGAAAGCUGGUGCAAAAGCGCUGUGGACGAAGGAUGAUGCAAUCAAGCCUUUGGUGUCGUAUUUAGCUGCUAAUCUGCAGGAAGGGUUUCCAACUACAUCUUCUGCAUAA